ACCUGUGGGAUCAGUCUGCCACUGUGCUGACAAGAGCCACUGACUGGAGUGACUACACAACAUCUUUACUGCAUUGGAGGAAACAGCGCUAAAUUGUCUCCAUGUCGUCUGACCAGGACGACUGCCACCUGUGCAAGGAAUCCCUCAGGGACGCCGUGUCCAUCCCGUGUGGCCACAUCUUCUGCUCCGUGUGCCUGAAGACGUACUGGGACCAUGCGGACCACACGGGCUCGUACCUCUGCCCGGAGUGCAGGGUCACCUACAACAAGAGACCAACCCCGAGGCGCAUGGGAGGAGGCCACCGGCACUCCACCAUCCAACGCAACUCCGAAGCCUUUCCGCCUCCGCCUCCGUCCCCUGACUACAACUACGCGGGACCCCAGGAUGUAGGCUGCGACAUCUGCAUCGGGAAGAAGCACAAAGCCGUCAAGACCUGCCUGAUGUGUCUGGCUUCCUACUGCGACAGGCAUCUCAAGCCCCACUACGAGUCAAACACUUUUAAAAGGCACAAGUUGGUGGAUGAAAUCGGCCACCUGGACAGGCAGAUCUGUCCCCAGCAUCAGAAGGGUCUGGAGCUGUUCUGUCGCACCGACCAGAUGUGUAUCUGCGUGCUGUGUACGGUGAAAGAGCACAAAGGUCACGACAUGGUGUCUGCUGAACAGGAGAGGGCGGAUGAGCAGCAACGGCUGGGCGCUACCCAGGCUGAGAUCCAGGAGAAGAUUCAUGAUCGAAACAAGCAGAUGGAGGAACUAAAACAAGCAGUGGACUCACUCAAGAGCUCAGCCCACAUGGCGCUGCAGGAAUGCGAGAAGAUGUUCACCGACAUGAUGCGCUACAUUGAGAGGAUGCAGCAAGAGAUGUCCAAGCUCAUCUCCGCCAACAAGAGGGCAGCGCUCAGCAACGCCGAGGGCCACAUGGAGCGCCUGACCCACGAGAUCGCAGAUCUGAAGAGGAGAGACAACGAGAUCACCCAACUGUCCCGCACCGAGGACCACAUCCACUUCAUCCAGACCUACCACAUGCUGAUAGCCCAGACGGAGGCGGAGGAGCUGCCUACUGUGACCGUCAACCCCUACUUCACCUUCGGCCCAGUCACUAAGGCCGUCUCUGAGAUGAAACAGCACCUGAACGAAUUCAGCAAUGACGAACUGGUCAAGGUGGCCAAGGCCGUUAACAAAAUGACCUUCUGCCAACUGGAUGAACCCAAAAAGAGACGGACAAUAAAAAGUGAUGAAGCUCCCGUGUACAAGUCUCUGCCAGUCCAGGAGCCUCAGCACAGGGACGACUUCCUGAAAUAUGCCUGCGAACUCACUCUGGACUCAAACACGGCCUACAGACAGCUCCACUUGUCCCGAGGGAACAGGAAAGCUGCCCUCAAGAGAGACCCCCAGAACUACCCUGACCACCCUUCCAGGUUCGACUCCCUGCCCCAGGUCCUGUGUAAGGAGUCCCUCUCCGGAGGGGCUUACUACUGGGAGGUUGACUGGAGCGGAGAGGGGGCCGCCAUCGGAGUCACCUACAAAGGCAUCAAGAGGACGGGCUACGGAGACAGCUGCCGCAUCGGCUACAACCGCAAGUCUUGGAGCCUCUUCUGCUCAGAUGCCAGCUACUCAGCCCGCCACAGCAAAGACCAGAUCGAGAUCAGUGCACCCUACUCGUCACGCAUAGCGGUGUUCCUAGACCACGCUGGGGGUACCCUCUCUUUCUACACCGUAGGGGAGACCAUGUCUCUCAUCCACCGCUUCAAGGUCUCCUUUACCGAGGCCGUCUAUCCAGGCUUCUGGGUUUGGUAUGAGUCAGCCGUCACCCUCAUCCAUUAGGGAUUAAAUAACACACUUCCAAUGAUCAAUGCACAACUGUGAUUCAGUUUGGAUUUACAGAACAAAAACUAUUCUCUGAAAAUAUAUUAUAAUUCUUUUACAAGAUUUUUUCAUUGACUAUUUACACUAUGUGUUGUGUAUCAGGGGAACUGCUUGUGAUGACUGUGAAAAUCAAAAUGUGUGAAAUGAAAGAUCAGGUGUAUGAAAUGAAGGCAUUUAAAUUAUCAUUUGGAAUAAUGAAGGAUGUAAUUGAUUGAAAUAUGUCAUGUGAUCAUUUGUAAAAGUUACGAUACACUUAUUUUGAUCAAUAAACAUUUUAUAACGAGGAUAAA